AACAGAUGGAUGAUAUAGACUCCAUGUUCACUGACCUGCUGGGAGAGAUGGACCACUUAGCACAGGUGAGUUCUCACUGGGACCACUCUUAUUUAUAAACUACACUUCCCCUGAUUCAUCAGAAGUGUUCUACCAGAAAUGAACAAACCAGACGUACAAUACCAGUCAAAAGUUUGUUCCCACCUACUCAUUCAAGGGUUUUUCUUUAUUUUCAAAAUGUUAUGGCUAUUUGAAGAAUCUCAAAUCUCAAAUAUAUUUUGAUUUGUUUAACACUUUUUGGUUACUACAUGAUUCCGUAUAUGUUAUUUCAUAGUUUUUAUGUCUUCACUAUUAUUCUACAAUGUAAAAAUAAAGAAAAACCCUUGAAUGAGUAGGUGUGUCCAAACUUUUGACUGGUAGUGUACAUCAACAGCUGUGGUAAAGUCAUUUUUGUUGAGACUCAUCAGUGUCGUGGUGUAACCCAGGGACUACAGAGGGAAAUUAGCCUUUGGGCUAAAUCUGGAACAUUUACAGGAGGUGUUGAUUAUUCUGCAUUGUCCCUGUCAAAUAAAUUGUAUAAAGUAAAGUGAAUGACGAGAAACAUUAUCUGGUUUGAGUAAUGGACACAAGUCAUGGAUUUUAAAGUCAUAGCAAGGUGUCCUCAAGCAAUGUGGCCCUCCAUGACACUAGUAUGUACAGUAUGUGGCUUGCCAGAUGAAACAUUAGAUGCCAUUAAUAGAAUCCUGGCUAAGGCCUAUGUGCAUUGUACAUCUUACUCAGCAGUAAACUCCUCUUAAAGGGGAAUAUCAGUAUUUUACAACUUCAUCUUAGAUGGUUCCUCACCCUGUAAGUAGUCUAUGGGCCAGGACAAACUGUAAUCGAUGGCUUGGUUUUCAGUAAACAGCCACUACAAACUACAGCUAACUUUAGCCACCGCUAGCUAACAAUCAAUGGAAGUGAUAGGGACAACCGAGCAAUUUGAAAAAUGUCAUGACUAAAUCAACACAAUAUUUGGUUUGAUGCUGCCAUAUCACUUCCAUUGAUUUUUAGUUGCUAGUGGUGGAUAAUGUUAGCUGAAGUUUGUAGUGGAUGUAAAGAAAACCAAACUAUGGAUUACAGUUUCUCCUGGCCGAUAGACUACUUUCAGGGUGAGGCACCAUCAAAUAUGGAACAUCCCCUUUAAUGAAUGUAGCUGUAAGGACAGGAGUGGUCCUUAGACCAAAUGGCAUUACAUUUAAAUCGAACACUACGGAAUGGGUAUUUAUGCCAAUUAAACCUCAUAUUGGCAGCCAUGCUUUUGAAGAGCCACAAAUAUUGUGUCACUGUCUACAGUCUUAUGCAAAUUAAUCAUUCUUCCUGAAUUUACAUUUUCAAUUUUGACCAUGAUUGGAUUGAUUCAUCAUUUUGAUUACUUUCUGGGAGCAUGCAGACCAACAGACCACAGAAUCCAUCCAAGGUUUCCUACCCCAUGACUCAAUGGGCUAAACAUCUCAUUGAGCAUGGUUUCGAACAUGAAAACAUAAGUUUCUCUCUAAAUUCAUCAGGGUUCAGUUAUGUGCCAGGGGAGAUCAUCUGCAGGUCGGCAGGUGGCCCAGUUCUAUAGACUGUUUAUGAUAUACAGUGGGGAGAACAAGUUUUUGAUACACUGCCGAUUUUGCAGGUUUUCCUACUUACAAAGCAUGUAGAGGUCUGUAAUUUUUAUCAUAGAUACACUUCAACUGUGAGAGACGGAAUCUAAAACAAAAAUCCAGAAAAUCACAUUGUAUGAUUUUUAAGUAAUUAAUUUGCAUUUUAUUGCAUGACAUAAGUAUUUGAUCCAUCAGUAAAGCAGAACUUAAUAUUUGGUACAGAAACCUUUGUUUGCAAUUACAGAGAUCAUACGUUUCCUGUAGGUCUUGACCAGGUUUGCACACACUGCAGCAGGGAUUUUGGACCACUCCUCCAUACAGACCUUCUCCAGAUCCUUCAGGUUUCGGGGCUGUCGCUGGACAAUACGGACUUUCAGCUCCCUCCAAAGAUUUUCUAUUGGGUUCAGGUCUGGAGACUGGCUAGGCCACUCCAAGACCUUGAGAUGCUUCUUACGGAGCCACUCCUUAGUUGCCCUGGCUGUGUGUUUCGGGUCGUUGUCAUGCUGGAAGACCCAGCCACGACCCAUCUUCAAUGCUCUUACUGGGAGAAGGAGGUGGUUGGCCAAGAUCUCGCAAUACAUGGCCCCAUCCAUCCUCCCCUCAAUACGGUGCAGUCGUCCUGUCCCCUUUUCAGAAAAGCAUCCCCAAAGAAUUAUGUUUCCACCUCCAUGCUUCAACGUUGAGAUGGUGUUCUUGGGGUUGUACUCAUCCUUCUUCUUCCUCCAAACACGGCGAGUGGAGUUUAGACCAAAAAGCUAUAUUUUUGUCUCAUCAGACCACAUGACCUUCUCCCAUUCCUCCUCUGGAUCAUUCAGAUGGUCAUUGGCAAACUUCAGACGGGCCUGGACAUGCGCUGGCUUGAGCAGGGGGACCUUGCGUGCGCUGCAGGAUUUUAAUCCAUGACGGCGUAGUGUGUUACUAAUGGUUUUCUUUGAGACGGUGGUCCCAGCUCUCUUCAGGUCAUUGACCAGGUCCUGCCAUGUAGUUCUGGGCUGAUCUCUCACCUUCCUCAUGAUCAUUGAUGCCCCACGAGGUGAGAUCUUGCAUGGAGCCCCAGACCGAGGGUGAUUGACCGUCAACUUAAACUUCUUCCAUUUUCUAAUAAUUGCGCCAACAGUUGUUGCCUUCUCACCAAGCUUGCCUAUUGUCCUGUAGCCCAUCCCAGCCUUGUGCAUGUCUACAAUUUUAUCCCUGAUGUCCUUACACAGCUCUCUGGUCUUAGCCAUUGUGGAGAGGUUGGAGUAUGUUUGAUUGAGUGUGUGGACAGGUGUCUUUUAUACAGGUAACGAGUUCAAACAGGUGCAGUUAAUACAGGUAAUGAGUGGAGAACAGGAGGGCUUCUUAAAGAAAAACUAACAGGUCUGUGAGAGCCGGAAUUCUUACUGGUUGGUAGGUGAUCAAAUAUUUAUGUCAUGCAAUAAAAUGAAAAUUAAUUACUUAAAAAUCAUACAAUGUGAUUUUCUGGAUUUUUGUUUUAAAUUCCGUCUCUCAUAGUUAAAGUGUACCUAUGAUAAAAUCGGCAGUGUUUCAAAUACUUGUUCUCCCCACUGUAUGAGUUGCCUACUGGGGACGUUUAUGAAAACAUUACAUAACAGAUUGAAUAACUGCACCAGCUUUUUUUUUUGCAGUCAAAGUAUUAUGUUUUAAUUAUGAUUGUGUUCUGCACAGCUUAGAAAUGUCUUCGAGAAGGUCCUUGAAGAAUACUUUUCUGGAGGGUUUUCUUAGAAUUAAUGUAAAAAUGUUGCACACAUUGUUGGAGUGUUCUCUAUCUGCUUUAGUGUUAUGUAAAACAUACAGUUUCUAUCUGGUCCUGUACUAAAAUCUCUGUACGCAAACUCUUCAUCUGAAACAAUUUUUUUAACAGAGUCUUGGGUAUGAAAUGGAGCCCUCAGAAAUGUCAUCCAGCUCACAGAGAGAAAACAACUUCUCUAUUGGGUUCACAGAUUUGAACGGUGAGAAACAUAAAGCAACACUACAUCAGCAAACAGUGGAAAUGUUAUCUUGAAGCAAAAGGCCCAAGUGGGUGUGGUAUAUUGGCCAUAUACCACAAACCCAGAGGUCCCUUACUGCUAUUGUAAACCGGUUACCAACAUAAAUAGAACAGUAAACAAGUAUUUUUGCGUCAUACCUGUGGUAUAUUUAAGCAAUAAGGCCAGAGGGGGUGUGGUAUAUGGCCAAUAUACCACGGCUAAGGGCUGUUCUUAUGCACGACGCAACGCGGAGUGCCUGGACACAGCCCUUAGCCGUGGUAUAUUGGCCAUAUAUCACAAACCCCAGAGGUGCCUUAUUGCUAUUAUAAACUGUUUACCAACGUAAUUAGAGCAGUAAAAAUAACAGUUUUGUCAUACCUGUGGCUGUCAGCCAAUCAGAAUUCAGGGCUUGAACCACCCAGUUUAUAAUUAAGGAAUAAGGCCCGAGGGGGUGUGGUACAUGACCAAUAUAUUAAGCAAUAAGGCACGAGGGGGUGUAGUACAUGACCAAUAUAUCACGGCUAAGGGCUGUUAUUAGGCACGACGCAAGCCAAUCAGCAUUCAGCCCUUAUUUUUUUUAUUUUACCUUUAUUUAACUAGGCAAGUCAGUUAAGAACAAAUUCUUAUUUACAAUGGCGGCCUACACCGGCCAAACCCGGACGACGCUGGGCCAAUUGUGCGCCGCCCUAUGGGACUCCCAAUCAAGGCCGGUGGUGAUACAGCCUGGAAUCGAACCAGGGGGUCUGUAGUGACGCCUCAAGCACUGAAAUGCAGUGCCUUAGACCGCUGCGCCACUCGGGAGCCCAAGGUGCUUUAAUGCUAUUAUAAAGUGGUUACCAACGUAAUUAGAGCAGUAAAAAUAAAUGCUUUGUCAUACCUGUGGUAUAUGGUCUGAUAUACCACGGCUAUCAGCCAAUCAGCAUUCAGGGCUCAAACCACCCAGUUUAUAAUGUCUGUUAUACCACAGCAUUGUUGAAUAGUCGUUUCUGAUUCUAGAAUGGCCAUUAAAACCAGAUAAUGGGACAGUUGGAAAACAUAUCGGGACACCUUGCAAUCAUGAUGCAAUAUGCGCCUACACAUGCAGACUGUACUUUACUGUACAAAGUUACAGAAACCUAAACCAACAACCACAUACAAAUUGGAUACAUUGUAAAUGCAGUUGCAAUAAGGAAAAACUUAGCUAGCUAGCUAGUCUAGCUAGCAUUGAUUUGUUUUUAAUUCAGUUGUCAUAUUUGCAGGCUCGCUAGCAACAAACUAUUUAGCUAGCUUCUAGCCUAGUGUUUGAUAUGCAAUGCGAUCUCCUUGUAAUGAACAGUGUCGAGUGUCCUGAUGAGAAGGCAAACUUUUCAAGCUAUGCCAGGCAAAAUCGGACAUCAUCAGCUCCUUAUGGAUGUAUCCAAAUGAAUGUCAAUAGAACACAGCUUAAACAAACGCAAAUGCAGCUACUUUGCUGUUAUUCUGGCUGAGAGAUUGUGACUGUGUUAACCGUAGCUAUUUGGCUAGCUAACAAGCAAGGGAUAAGAACGUUGCCAGCGAGCAUUGCAAUGGAACAUAUAGAACGAACUGGGUCGCGUUAUCUAGUUAGAAGUGCACAUGUGCAAUCAAGGGAUGAGCUAGGCUACAUGACGAGAGAACAUUACCAGCCUGCAUAGUGAUCGAACUAACGACUUUGUCGCGUCCCUAGAUAUAGAACUAAUCAAACAAACAACUGGGUCACGUCUCUAGAUAUAUAGCUAUUCGAACGAACGACUGGGUCGCGUCUCUAACAACCAAAAGAUGACAAAGUAUGAAUUACCUUAUGCAUUUUUUUAUAUCAACGAAAACAUUUUAUUUAUAUCGGUAAAUGUGUGCUUUAUCAUUGUUUUCUUUGGCAACUGUGGUAUUAGCGGGAUAAACGCCUUUGUUCUGUACAUUACCUUGGAAAAAUGAACUCCGCAAAAGGACUCAGCUCCGCCUCAUCCCGCUGCGUCGUACAUUAUUUCCAAGGUACUAUCUAGAACCUAAAAGGGUUCUUCAGCUGUCCCCAUAGGAGAACACUUUGAAGAACCCUUUCUGGUUCCAUGUAGAACCCUUUCCACAGAGGGGACAGACAAAGAACCCUUUUGGAACCUUUUUUUCUAAGAGUGUAAUGUACAGAACGUCGGCAUUUAUUAUUUUCAUACACACGGCUGAAAUGCUGUUUCAGCCAAUCAGUAUCAAGGACCCGAACUACCUGGUUUACAAUUAAGAGUUGAUGCAUAUGACAAAUAUUGUAAAUAUUUUAAGUCCUGCUUGCCAACAGCAACCUUUUUAAGCACAUUUGACUAGUACAUGAGUUAGAAAGGUAAAAGUAUUCAUAAGAAGGGAAGUGGUUGUGUUAUCACAUCUUACCCUCAUCCCUAGUUGAUAAGAUAAACCCCUCCCCCUCAUCUCCCAUCUUCCUCUCUGGCAGAAUCUCUAAAUGAGCUAGAGGAUCAGGACCUGGAUGCUCUGAUGGCUGAUCUGGGGUCAGAUUUGGCAGAGACAGAGGAGAGACUGAACGCAACUAAGACGGGACAUGUCCACACACAGCAGCACAAGUCCGGCUACUCCACCCCACAACAAAAUGUCAGAGCACCUAUCUCCUUGUCCCAAAUGUCAUCACUGGCGUACUCCUCAUCCGCUCUACCUCCUGAACCCCCCAAACCACUUCUACCGGUAACUGUGACUGUGUUACCCUAGGCAUUAGCCAGGGGAGCUAAUGCAAGUCUUCAGGUCUCAACUAUUUAUGUUUAAAAUGCACAAAAACACUACAGUGAAUACUGUAGUAUUUACUGUAGUAUAGUGUAGUAUACUGUAUUAUACUGUAGUAUUUACAGUUAACUAUAGUAUAAAAAUACUGUAAAACUGUAGUAUAUACUAAAGUUUUGAAUGUAGGGUUUUUUACAGAUUGUAUUAUACUGUAGUAUUUGUAGUUGUGUUUUUAGGGACUUAGUAUACUGAAGUAUUUACUGUAGUGUUAUUGCAGACAUUACUGUAGUUUAUUUGUUUUAUUAUCUUUGACAUAGAAGUGGAGGCUUUCUCCUUCAGGAAACCUACUGACUGAGGUCUGAACGGAUAGUUCAGAGCUUCUGCUCUUUUCUAUAACCUGUACGGAACACAAUAUAUGGUCUAUACGCAGCAUGUAGGUUUCUCAGUUAUGGGUGGCAGAAAUUGCGAAUUACCGGAGUAUAUGCAAAUAAGAUAUUGUAGUAUUUACUAUAGUUAAACAAAAUAGUGUGUUUUUGAUGACAUUUCUGUAGUAUUUACUACAGUGUUUUUUUUUGGUUAAUACUGUAGUAUUUACUAUAGUAUUUUACAGUAUACCACAGCAUUCUAUAGUAAGUACAACACAUGAUCGAGGGAUACUACAGUGUGUAGUAUAGUAUUCUAUAUUAUACUACAGUUUACUAUAGAAUUCUACAGUAAGUACUGUAGUUUUCUAUAGUAAACUGUAGUAUUUUUUCAUGUGGGUUUAGCACUUUUUUACAUUCCUGCUCUUUUAAUCAAACAAUAUACCAACAUUUUUCCAGGGAGAGGCCGAAGCACAAGCCAAAACUGACAAAAUCAAGCUGGCUCUGGAGAAGCUAAAAGAAGCCAAAUUUAAGAAGGUAUAUUGGGUUGAUUUCACUAAACCAGCUAUAACAGCUUCACAUUGUGAGGAUAUGAGCUACCCCUGUAUCCUUCAAAGCACUUUGAGUUGGAUAAAAAUGCUAUAUGCAAUUCUUUCUAGUAAUAAUUGUUAAUUACUAGAAUGGCAAUCCCCAAUCAAGUCAGCGUUCUGUGGGCCAGCAGUCAUAUUGAGUGUACCCAAUAAGUAAUGAUAUUUCUAUGGCUAUUUGUAUGUACCUCCUGCUAGUUGGUGGUGAAGGUGAUGAUGAGCGACGGCAGCUCCAAGACACUGAUGGUGGACGAGAGACAGACGGUCAGGGACGUGCUGGAUAAUCUGUUUGAGAAGACCCACUGCGACUGCAGCGUGGACUGGAGCCUGUGUGAGACCAACCACGAGCUGCAGACUGGUGAGGCUCACACACACCAGACCUGAGUCAUUUACAUUACAUUUACAUUUUAGUCAUUUAGCAGACGCUCUUAUCCAAAGCGACUUACAGGAGCAAUUAGGGUUAAGUGCCUUGCUCAAGGGCACAUCGACAGAUUUUUCACCUAGUCGGCUCGGGGAUUAGAACCAGCGACCUUUCAGUUACUGGCACAACGCUCUUAACCACUAAGCUACCUGCCGCCCCAUGAGUCCAGGUGGUAUUUGUUUUUUGUCAAACACUUUGAGCAUUUGAUUGAGCCUGGCUGAAGUGCCAGUUGGGUCAGGUUUGCGCUUUUUAGACUCUUCCAUUAGUUCCAUUGCACCAAGCAAGCUCAAUCACGUGCGGUCAAAGUACACUAUAUAUACAAAAGUAUGUGGACACCCCUUCAAAAGAGUGGAUUCGGCUAUUUCAGCCACACCCAUUGCUGACAGGUGAAUAAAUCGAGUACACCGCCAUGCAAUCUCCAUAGACAAACGUUGGCAGUAGAAUGGCCUUACUGAAGAGCUCAGUGACUUUCAACAUGGCACCGUCAUAGGAUACUGCCUUUCCAACAAGUCAAUUUGUCAAAUAUCUGCUCUGCUAGAGCUGCUGUUAUUGUGAAGUGGAAACCUCUAGGAGCAACAACAUCUCAGCCGCAAAGUGGUAGGCCACACAAGCUCACAGAACGGGACCGCUGAGUGCUGAAGUGCGUAGCGAGUAGAAAUCGUCUGUCCUCGGUUAAAACACUCACUAACGAGUUCCAAACUGCCUCUGGAAGCAACGUCAGCACAAGAACUGUUCGUCAGGAGCUUCAUGAAAUGGGUUUCCAUGGCCGAGCAGCCGCACACAAGCCUAAGAUCACCAUGCGCAAUUCCAAGCGUCGGCUGGAGUGGUGUAAAGCUCGCCUCCACUGGACUCUGGAGCAGUGGAAACGCGUUCUCUGGAGGGAUGAAUCAUGCUUCACCAUCUGGCAGUCCGACUGACAAAUCUGGGUUUGGCGGAUGCCAGGAGAAUGCUACCUGCCCCAAUGCAUAGUGCCAACUGUAAUGUUUGGUGGAGGAGGAAUAAUGGUCUGGGGCUGUUUUUCAUGUUCCAGGCUAGGCCCCUUAGUUCCAGUGGAGGGAAAUCUUAACGCAACAGCAUACAAUGACAUUCUAGACGAAGAGGACCGGCCACCCCUCAGAGACUGGUUCCUCCCUAGGUUUCUUCCUAGAUUCCUGCCUUUCUAGUGAGUUUUUCCUAACCACCGUGCUUCUACAUCUGCAUUGCUUGCUGUUUGGGGUUUUAGGCUGUGUUUCUGAAUAAGCACUUUGUGACAUCUGCUGAUGUAAAAAGGUUGAUUUGAUUUGUCCUUCCAACUUUGUGGCAACAGUUUGGGGAAAGCCCUUUCCUGUUCCAGCAUGUCAAUGCCCCCGUGCACAAAACGAGGUCCAUACAGAAAUGGUUUAUCGAGAUCGGUGUGGAAGAACUUGACUGGUCUGCACAGAGCCCUGACCUCAACCCAUCGAACACUUUUGGGAUGAAUUGGAACGCUGACUGCGAGCCAGGCCUAAUCGCCCAACAUCAGUGCCCGACCUCACUAAUGCUUGUGUGGCUGAAUGGAAGCAAGUCCCCCGCAGCAAUGUUCCAACACGGAAAGCCUUCCCAGAAGAGUGGAGGCUGUUAUAGCAGCAAAGGGGGGACCAACUCCAUAUUAAAAGCCCAUGAUUUUGGAAUGGGAUGUUCGAUGAGCAGGUCUCCACAUACUUUUUGUCAUGUAGUAUAUUGUAGGUAUGAUUUAAGAUAUGAUAUUGUAUGAUUGAUGUAUAUCAUUUUCAUAAAGCAAUGAAGCGCCUCUUUGUUCUAAUUGCAGAAAGGGGGUUUGAAGACCAUGAAUAUCUAGUGGAGCCUCUUUCUGCAUGGACACGAGACAGUAAAAACAAAAUAAUUUUCCUUCUGAGACCCAACAAAUAUCUCUUCUUCAAAGACCCCCAGGUGAGUACAGUAGACACCUGGGCACCAAACAUUAAGCACCAAACUGAAAAACUUCUCCAACCCACCCCCCAAAAAAUCAUUUUUGUUUUCUGUUGCAGAAAUCUUUAAAACAUUUUCCGUUGCGUGCCCAUAUGAACAUGACCCAGAGUUCACACAAAAUAGUGCAGUUAACUGUGCUUUCUAAUUUAAGCCAAUGAGCUGUCUCUACUUCUGCCAACGUUUUAACCAAACAAAAGAUUUUAAGUAAAGACAAACUGGCAACCAAGCUCUUUGUUUUAGUUCCAUUAUUGAUAUCCCUAUGCUGACAUUGUCAUUUCACAUCAACUUCAAGAUAUUCUACCUAUGGAAGAAAGACAAAAAAUGUAUGAAUGAGAUAAAAGAAAGCCAUAAGGAACUUCUGCUAAAGGUGAGUCAUCACAAACACACCUGUAGUCUUCUCUGUAGCCUAUACAGUACACAUAUUUACUGUACCAAUAUUUUAUUGAAGGAGUUCUCCUUCCUCUUGAGAAAAUCAGGCUUAUCCAAACCCUCAAACACUUCCACACACCUUAUUUUCUAUUUCUGAAUCCAGGAAAAUGUCGAUGGUCCUUCUCUCAUCGUCCCAGACCUGGAGGGGCUGCUGUAUCUGAGAGAGGACGGGAAGAAAUCGUGGAAACGUCGCUACUUCCUGCUCAGGGCUUCUGGAAUAUACUAUGUGCCUAAAGGAAAAACAAAGGUACAGGAGGUGACAUAAUGACCAUCAAAUCGAUCUCACAGCAAAAAGAAAGGAGGAUCAAGGCAUUCUUCAUAUAAUUAAUUGAUUUUUAAAAUUACAUAAAAAAUUAUUUGUAUGUUAUGUUCAAUGGAAACAAAGAUGACAAACUCUGAUGCGUUUCGGCUGCUUGGCCUUCGUCAAGUUGAGUAAACAUCUUGUCAUUACAUAGUCUUGUACAUACAGUAUACUGUAUAGGCAGUUUAUGAACUAAUAUAUAGACGUAUAUUUUGUGUCUGCAAAACUGGAGGUAAAACGGUUAAAAACAAUUGGUUCAGGAAGUCCACAGUGCACACAUUCAUUCAUGUUGGGACCUUUCAGACUAAAACACUACACUAGGAAAUCCUUACUCACUGGAUCUCCAAUAAUAUGAUCCAUAUCGUCGCUGUCUGAUGAGAAUCUAGUAACUCCAUUUGUUACCAACUUUUUUAUUUUCUUUAUUUUUCUUGAAAGCAGUGACAACCCUCAAUGUACUCUGAACAUUUCAUGACUCUAGGACCAAGAACAUUUAUUCAAAAUAGCUUCUGAAUUUCAUAAUUCUAUGUUUGUUAAUGGGAAAAUAUGGUAAUUUUUACAACUCCUGAAAAGUCUCUGUUUUAGAGAUAAGAUGUUUUCAUCAGACAGCAACAAUAUGACCUAAAGUCUACUUAUUCAGGUUUUCUCAUGUUUUUCUCCCUUGGCAGACAUCCAGGGACCUGGCGUGCUUCAUUCAGUUUGACAAAGUCAACAUCUACACCACCACUGAUUACAAACAGAAAUACAAAGCACCAACUGAUUUCUGCUUCAUCCUCAAGGUAGGCCAUCCAUCUUGGAGGAAAGAAUAA